AUGCCCACUGGCCUAAUCACCUCUGUUGACCUCGCCCGUAAUCAGAGCUACAGCACGAGACCACUAGCAGGGAUGAAACGUACCGUUGACGAAGUUCAUGAUGUUCAGCUGGGUCUUCCAAUCCACGGUCGAUCAUCUGUCCAACCGCCACAGACCAUGAACCCGCCUCUUUACCGUCGCGAUUGGCACCCACCUCGACUUCAAGCCAGCCGCAUUACUCUGGUAGGCUGCAGCCAUGACAGUAAAGAAGCCGUGGACAUCGCUCCUGUUCAUCUACCUUCACCCAAGUCAUCUACCCCUGGCCCUUCGCAAAACCCUCUCCUUAGCCUUCGACAUCCGCGGUAUGGUUUGCCCUCCCAGCUAGUCGACAAUUUCGAAUCACUCGGUGUGCGUGCCAUAUACCCAUGGCAAUCCUCGUGCCUAUUGGGCCGGGGGUUACUGACUGGAGAGCAAAAUCUGGUCUAUACAGCCCCCACUGGUGGAGGCAAGUCCCUGGUGGCAGACGUCCUUCUAAUCAAGAGAGUCAUUGAAGAUCCGACAGCGAAGGCGAUCCUCGUCCUCCCCUACGUCGCUCUCGUCCAGGAGAAGUUGAGGUGGCUACGCACCUUGGUGGAUAAGGUAGCCAGAAUAGUCGGCGACAGCCCCGACGGCCUGUCAACACCGACAUGGCGCCGGCCAAGCCCCUUCGUUCGAGUCGGCGGAUUCUUUGGUGGGAACAGAUCGAACAUUAGCUGGUCGGAUUGCGACAUCGCUGUCUGCACCAUUGAAAAGGCCAAUUCGUUGGUCAACAGCACCAUUGAAGAAGCCAAAUAUGGCGACAUAGGGGUGGUGGUGCUCGAUGAAAUUCACAUGAUCAACGAUGAACACCGGGGAUACCUUAUGGAACUCCUUGCCACCAAAUUGAUGUCGCUUGCCUCCAGCGAGAAGAAAGUUCAGAUUGUGGGCAUGAGCGGCACCCUCCCAAAUCCCCAAUUGCUGGCACAAUGGCUGAACGCGAAAUUUUACAUCGCAAAGUACCGUCCAAUCCCCAUCGAGGAACAUCUCGUGUAUGACAAUGCUAUCUAUCCCACAGCAAACGCAAAAGAAUUCUUCCGCACAGCAAGUCAAUUGGCUGCUGGUGAUGCACUCCCAACACAACGACCACAGCCACAGCGGACGAUUGCUAGAUCAAAAUACCAAGAACUCCAAGGCGCGACGCCCAAUGCCGUUGUCGCACUGGCCGUUGAGACGGCCCUUGCGGGUCAUGGCGCGCUUAUCUUCUGUGGUAGUCGAAUGGGUGCAGAGAAAACAGCGCUCUUGAUUAGCGAAGCUUUACCUACGGAUCAUCUUGACCGAGACGAGCUGGAGAGGCGGCAGGAUCUCCUGGCAUCGCUGUGUGCCCUUCCAUGUGGAUUUGAGCCCUCAUUUUCCAAAAUUAUUCCUUUUGGAAUCGGCUUCCAUCAUGCAGGAUUGACAACUGAAGAGCGAGAGCUCGUCUGCGGAGCAUACGACGCAGGGAUCCUGCGGGUGAUGGUGGCGACGUGCAGUCUCGCGGCCGGCAUCAAUCUCCCGGCGAGGAGGGUAAUAUUAUAUGGACCUCGAAUGGGCCGAGAGCUGGUGGGUCCCGCAAUGCUUCGACAGAUGCGAGGCCGUGCUGGCCGCAAGGGUAAGGAUGAAGUCGGUGAAACCUACCUUUGCUGCCAAAAGGUCGAUCUGGAGGCAGUGGCAGAACUCCUUGAGGCGGAAAUGCCUCCGGUGGAAAGCUGUUUGACACCUGAGAAGAGAGGAUUCAAGAGAGCUCUUUUAGAAGUCAUUGGUACCCGUAUGGCGUCCAGCAAGUCGUCUUUGGAUGAAUACAUACACUCAUCGCUGCUUUGGCAUAGCAUUGAUCACUCACAAGUUGCGGAGAUGGUCGAAAUGGCGAAGCAGGCAUUACUCCAGGAUGGAUUGAUCCAAGAAGGGGAGUAUGAAGGUUGCCUCGAACCCACCAGAUUGGGAUCUGCGGUCGUUGCGUCUGGGCUCGGUCCUGAGGACGGGGUUUUUGUCCACUCUGAACUGCGGCGAGCACUUGAAUCGUUCGUCAUGGAUGGUGAGAUGCACAUAUUUUAUCUUUUCACUCCGGUCCAGACGAUGGGGCUCGCUGAAAUCUCAUGGUUGACUUUCCGAAACCAACUGGAAGAUCUCGACGACAGCGGGAUGCGCGCGAUGCGACUGAUUGGCAUCAACCCAGCUUUUGUCAACAGACUCGUCAACAGCGGCGCCCAACUGAAGGAAAACACGACCGAAGAGAUCCGUAUGGCGCGAGUCUAUCGUCGGGCAUAUUCCGCCUUCCAACUACGAGACCUCUGCAAUGAGAUGCCAAUUCACGAAGUCAGCCUGAAAUAUUCUGUUCCGCGGGGACAGGUGCAGACGCUAGCUGAAAACUGCCACGGAUUCGCAGCGGGGAUGAUCAAAUUUUGCGAGAGAAUGGAAUGGGGAAUGCUGGCAGCUGUGCUGGAACAUAUGCUGGACCGCCUUCGUGCCGGCGCACGGGCCGAUCUCCUGGAGAUGGCUCAGAUAGCAUUCGUCAAGAGUCGCAUGGCCCGAAUGCUGUGGGAGAAUGGAUUCAAGAGUGUUCGAGCUCUGAGUGAGGCCGAUCCGCAGGCUUUGGUGCCUAUAAUGAUGCAGGCCCACGCCAGGAAAACAAAAUUGCAAGGUGAGGCGGCCGUCAAAUUCAAGGCAAAGUUAUUAUCCAAGGCAGAGAUCAUAGUCAGCAGCGCGAACAGACUGUGGGAGAGACAACAAAUGGUUCAGUGGGAGGAGGAGUGA